ACGCUUUUGCUUAAACAAUUACUUAUUCAUAUCUUAAUAGUACCAUGGAUCUUUCAGUGGAGGAGCUAAUCCAAGAUUUAACCAUACUUCAGCAGGCAACGUCUCUGAACCAUGCAGAUAAAAAUAGUGAAGCUGUGAAGAUGUACACAACAGCUCUGGACCGUCUAGAUGCGUUGAUACCCAACCUUCCGUCUGAAUUAGCACUUCUUGUGCGCCGAAACACCGAGGAUGUAGGGCGAAUAGUGAACCUGCUUCGGAGUUCGAGCAGCAAGCAAGAAGAGGUUAGCUUGUACCCUACAUUUCCCAUUCAGUUUUCGCCCGCUUCUAUACCUCUAGAGGACUACCAAGCUCCUGAACAGCCUAUUUUCCGUGUUUACUGGCUUAUGCGUUUGCUCAUGCGGUCUAUCCAGAGUGGAGCCUUCUUAACGCCUAAUUUGUACGUCUUCAGAGAGGUGUGGCAUCAGGAUGGCGGUUCUAAUUCGUUGUGUUUUAUUGAAGCAAAGACGUGUUAUUUCUCGUCGUUAUGUAGCGCGAUGGAACCAUUGACCUCAAUGUGCAUGCCUGGGGAUGCGCCAAAGGUUUUAAAAGCGCUUCAAAAGUUUCUGUCUAGUGAAGAGGAGCUGUGCGAGACCCUUAAUCGCAGCAUGGGAAAGCGUAAGAUGGCUAAGCCAGCUAAGAAAAUGAUGUGGGGCCUCUUUUCGAAGAUGAAAAAGUGGGGACACCAGGAGGGAGACAUCGAGGUGGCUCUCUCAUGGGCUUGCAAUGUGCUUGAACAGGCUCAGCUAUUUGAGCAUUGGUAUAUUUACUUUACACAAGCCACUCUUUUCAGGAAUCAUAUGCCACUACAAGUGAAAGAAAUCAUCGAAACUAUACAGCAUAUUACUACGCGACUCUAUAAAGGUCCAUGCAUUUUAUUACUGAAAGACAUGUUCAUCCUUGUGCAGCGCUUUCAGUGUAAAUGCCGCAAGAGUAUUGUCCAUUUUUUACCUGUUGGAGUGGAAUUAGAUGGAACUAGUUACUAA